UCCAGGAAUAGGGGGGAGCUAGUGCACCCUAAGAUAGGCUGGAGGUGGAAUGCAAAUUUAGGGGGGACAGCUAGCCAGCCGGUUUGUCUAGAAUGUGCCAUUCCCAUCCACUUCAGGGGGCCAAGCAGCUGCAUUGCACGUAAUUGCUCACGGAAGCCCCCCUCCCCUCCCCCGGCGCCUCAUAGCAACCAGCAGCAGGUGCAGAGGGAUGCUCAGCUUUUCUCCCCUCCUGCAACCUGGGUUUUCGGAGGCUCCAGCGGCUGUUGGCGGAUCCGAGCAUUGAUUUUAUUUGCCUAGGAUCGACCGUGAAGCGCAUCUGACGGUGUGUUAUUUGGGGAAGGGGAGGAGGAGGGGGGAAAGGGGGGCUUUUUUUUUCUCAAAGAGUUUUCCCGAGGGGCGGGGGAGUGAACGUCUCCAAGUCCCUGCAGCCGGGCUCUUUGGGUUGGAGCACGGCAUAGGAACGGUUUGCACAAAAGGGAGAACGGAGAAGAAAAGGGAGAGGGGGCCGCGGAGAGUCGCUGUAGCCGCCGCUCCACAGCUGCCCGUGCCUGGCCGGCUCUCCGGCUUUUCGGCUACGGCCUUCUCGUCGCCGCAGCCUUAGCAGCCAAGUGCCGCUGUCGCAGCCGCCGCCACAGCCGCCGCCGCCGCCGCCGCCGUCACCGCAGCGGCUUCAGCCCGGGCCUCGGCUCCACCGCCGCCGCCGCGGCAACUACCGGUACCGCGCGGCCCUGCCGCAUCAGCCCCAUCACCGAUCGGGCUCCCGGCUCCUCGGCCAACGUUUCAGGCUUCAGCAGCUCAGCCCCAGCGGCCGUCACCAUGACUUACAAUUUCAAGCCUGGAGAUCUGAUCUUCGCCAAGAUGAAGGGCUACCCCCAUUGGCCUGCCAGAGUGGACGAGGUCCCCGAUGAUGUGGUAAAGCCCCCACAUAAUAAGCUGCUCAUUUUCUUCUUCGGUACUCACGAGACAGCCUUCCUGGCGCCCAAAGACAUCUUUCCUUACUCUGAGAACAAGGCCAAGUACGGCAAACCCAACAAGAGACGGGGCUUUAACGAAGGCCUGUGGGAGAUUGAUCAUAACCCCCGUGUGAAGCCCUUCAAGAAGCGGCCUGUUGCCUACACUGAGAUGGAAGGUGGAAAAAAGGAGGGGUCCUCUUCCAAGGGAGAUGGAGAGGGGAAACCGAGGUAUGGCGGUAUACCUCCCAAGUCUGCUGCUGCAGCCUCUGCAUCUUCCUCAGCCACUGCAUCCACUGCAGGUGCUCCCAGAGGGAGAAAGAGAAAAGCCGAGAAGUCCAUUGAAGCUGAGGAGAUAGAGGGUGCCAAGGCCACCACAUCCACUACCACCAUGGCUCCCCAGGUGAGUCCCAAAAAGGGGAAACCCUGGCCACCUCCCUCCCCUACCCCUGCUGCAGUUAGGAUGAACAAUCCUAAAGGGAAAGCUAAGAUGUACAAGCUGACCAAUCCCGGAGAAGGGGAAGGGGCUCCUGAGGAGGAUAAGAGCAAGAAAAAGGGGCAGGAAGAAAAACCACCCAAAAAGCAGCUGAGAAAGGAGGAGGAGAGCGAGAAGGAGGAAGAUAAGCCUAAAAAAGAUCCUGGCAAAAAAGAAAUGAAGAAAGAAGUUGACCCAAAAAGAAAACUUGUGAAAGCAAGUAUGGCGGCUGGCGGCAUCGCUUCCGACUCUGAGGAGGAGGGGGAAGAACAAGAAGGUGAAAGGAAAAGAAGAUUAUCUCGGAACUUUGAAGUUGUACACAGAAAGGGAGCGUUAAAGGGCCAGUUUGAGAAAGAAGAAGAAGCGGAGGCGGAACCCCAAACCGCUUGUAACCUUCAGUAAAAAAAAUUUUGAAAAAAGAAGAAAAAACCAUCUAUGGGGCUCAAAACAAAGUAAAUUCAAGUGAAGCACCCAAGAGAUGACCAUCCUGUGACACCCAGAGGCCUGUUUUUCCCACCCCAGUGAAAAAGUCUUGUUCCUGUGUUGAAAAGUUUUUGAGGACUUUAGUGUUUCUUUUUUUGUUUUGACUGUUAAAUAAGUUCUUCUGAGGCACAUUCUACCUUUCCUGCAGGUGUUUCUUUACUUAGCUUCAAAAAGGGACUGUUUGUUUGAAAGCAACAAGCUUUGAGUUCAGAAGAUGGUUCUACAUCAAGAAUUGGAGACUUUAAAAGGUGACUUUUUAAGCUAGGUACUGAACUGGAAUUGCCAUCUACUGCACCCCUGAAAAGGGGCAAAGUUGUGCCCUUUGGUGUUUCUUUGCGCUUUAAUCGUUUACUGUUUUGUGGCUGUACUUUUUGUUUACACAAAUCCUUGACUUUUCUAAAUGAUAUUUGGUACUAUUUUAAAAACAGGUUGCAAUUGGCAUUAACUUAGUACUUCUAGUACAGCUAAAUUAAAGUGGUAGAGAUUAUUCAGCAAA